CUUUCCUCUCUUUCCCUUUAGUUAGUGGGAAGGAUCCUCCCCUUUCUGUUUGUCUCUUAUAGUUUGUUGUUUUGUUGUUUGGUUUCAGUCGGGAACUAAGAUGCAGGGAAAUUUUCCUGAUCUCUAGCAUUUCCGAUACAUACAUAUAUAUAUAUGGAUAACCAACUAGGGUUUUAUACAAAUCUAAGCCUUUUGUACUCUCCAAUGAGAGGGUCACAUUUAGCCUCAAACAAGAAAAUCAAAUCACUGCCAAAUCUACUAUCCUCAGGCAACGUGAGAGAGAAAUCAGCGCCCAGACCAACCGCCGGCAGAACUAGCGCCGGUCAGGCUAGAUUCCGCCCCAGGACUGCCGCCGCUCAGGUCGAACGCCACCACCCACGCGGAGAGCUGCUUUGAGAAAAUUCCCUUUUCCUAUUUGCAUUCUUCUCUAAACAAACUCUAAAUCCCAGAUCUCUUCAUCUUCAACCCUUCAAAUUGCAACACAGUUCUCCUCCACUCCUCCACUCCUCCCUACACCAUCGGGCCCAGAUAUAUACCCAUCCAAGCAACAGCUUGGAACACAUCACAAAUACUCCAUGGCAGGGGUGAUGCCAAGCCGUUCAAGGCAUGCCCCACUCGCUCAUCAAUUGAUGAUCUUCUAGCAUCUAUGAGAAACGACUCAGGUUACUUUUCUGUCAAGUAGAUUUAUGAUAAUAUGGCAUCAGCUAUGGAAUUUCAUUAAUAUGUUGGCCCUAAGGACUGUAUAACAAUAAGACUACGGCUUACUAAGCUACAAAGAUGGCCUUGGCUUCUUCUGUAAAAGUGGUUCUGGGAUCAUUUGCUUUCGCAAUCUUCUGGGUAUUGGCGGUCUUCCCAGCCGUUCCUUUUCUACCAAUUGGGAGGACUGCUGGGUCCCUCCUGGGUGCUAUGCUAAUGGUAGUAUUCCGAGUCCUAACUCCAGAUCAAGCAUAUGAAGCAAUUGAUCUACCAAUCCUUGGUCUUCUCUUUGGGACAAUGGUUGUCAGUGUCUAUCUAGAAAAAGCAGACAUGUUCAAGUACUUGGGAAAUCUUCUCUCAUGGAAGAGUAAAGGACCAAAGGACUUACUUUGUCGAAUCUGCCUGAUUUCAGCCAUUUCAAGUGCCUUUUUUACUAAUGAUACCUCUUGUGUGGUAUUAACUGAAUUUGUCUUAAAAAUUGCAUGGCAACAUAAUCUCCCGCCUCAACCUUUCCUUCUUGCCCUGGCCUCUAGUGCAAAUAUUGGGUCUUCAGCGACUCCAAUUGGCAACCCCCAAAAUUUGGUUAUAGCUGUUCAGAGUAAGAUAUCUUUUGGGAGUUUUCUAAUUGGAAUUCUCCCUGCAAUGCUAGUGGGAGUGGUUGUCAAUGCUCUAAUUCUUCUAUCCAUGUAUUGGAGGCUGUUAUCAAUUCAGAAGGAUGAAACAGAUGCAGCUGUAGAUGUUGUUGAAGAGGAGGGUGUGGAUUCUCAUCGCUUUUCACCAGCCACGAUGUCACAUGUCACAUCCUUGGAUUCUCAGGAGUGUAACUCUAGAUUGGAAACUAUAAAUGUGCAAGGCUCUCCAAACGUGCAUGGCAACACGGGUCAUGUUGAGACCAUUAGAAACCGGUUAAGUUCAAAUGAGAAUGAAAUCCACAGGGUCCCUGGUGGCACGUUGGAUUCUGCAGGGAAUUCUAGUGCAUCGAAAGAGCUGGAAAAUGUUGUAUCUCCUCCCAAAAGGGAGGAGAUCAUUCCUUCAAAGACUGUUGUUAGAUCAAUGGACAGACUAAGAGAUGCACUUUCUAUAGAGUCUUCAGCAGGAAAGGAAAAUUUGAUCAUUAGAUGGCAAAGGAUGUUGUGGAAGCCGUGUGUUUACCUUAUUACUAUAGGAAUGUUGAUUGCUUUGCUCAUGGGGCUGAAUUUGUCAUGGACUACAAUUACUGCUGCACUUGCUCUUGUGGUUCUUGAUUUCAAGGAUGCUAGGCCUUGCCUUGAAAAGGUCUCCUAUUCGCUUUUGAUUUUCUUUUGCGGAAUGUUUAUCUCAGUAGCUGGCUUUAACAAAACUGAAAUCCCAAGAACUCUAUGGGACCUCAUGGCGCCUUAUGCACGGAUUGAUCAUGUUAGCGGGAUAGCAGUUCUUGCCAUUGUCAUUCUUGGCCUGUCAAAUUUGGCUUCAAAUGUACCAACUGUUUUGUUGCUGGGAGCACGAGUGGCAGCAUCGGCAGCCGCAAUUUCUGCAGCUGAUAAGAAGAAGGCAUGGCUCAUCUUAGCUUGGGUUAGCACGGUAGCUGGGAACCUCUCAUUACUGGGAUCAGCUGCCAACUUAAUAGUGUGUGAACAGGCUCGCAAAGCUCCACGUGGGUACAAUUUAUCUUUUUGGACCCAUCUCAAAUUUGGACUCCCCUCGACCAUCAUAGUCACUGCUAUUGGUUUGAUACUCAUAAGAUGAUCAUGUAUGUUGUGUUGGUUUGACAAAACUUUUUAGAUAGUGUUUUUUGCUAAAUGGUUGUUAUGUAAUAUAAAGAUGAAAAUAAUUUUGAGAAUUUUGUGCUUUUAA